UCUUGCGGAGGGGGAUGGGAGGGGAAGUGUUGUUGCUCCGUCUCUCCCCCAUGUGCAUACCAGAGACUUUAACCUGCAGACACCGACCCGCAGCUCGGGAACACACAGAGAGAUCCUCCUCACACUGCAUCAGGGGAAACACACACUCAUUGGGACACGUAGAGAGAUAUAGCUUCAAUUAUCAUCCUAUUUUUCUGCCAUUUUAAAGAAGGGGGGCUCCGGAGAAGGGGGUGGUGCAUCAGAGCCAGAGAUCCUAUUACACAUCCACUUCUCAUGGCAAGUUUUUUGGAAGUGGGGGAGGGCGAUCCUGCAACUUUCUCGGCCUGAUGUCUGUUUAAAACCCAUCCUAAAAGCUUCAAAUGAAUACUUUAUAUGGUUUUGAGGCGAUGAUGCGGUUGUUCUACAGCUGAGGGCACUUUCUGGAGCCGAUCGGAUCUGGAUAAUGAAGGAAUCCCGGAGGAUCCAGCGGGGAUCGGCCGAGAACUGCAGGAUACAAAAGUUUGGGAGGACUGGGAACAAACUUUGAAACGCCUUGCAGAUCUCCUUCAUAAUGCCGAUUUUGGAAACGUAUUCGAAAUCUAAAGAAGACAAGUUGAUCUCCGGGUUUCUUUAGGUAAAACUGAAUAAUUUAAUCGGUUUUGCACGGCUCGUUCUCGGCCCCCAAGAUGUCCUCCCGGGCUCGGAGCCCCAUUGUUGGGUUUUGCGGGAUGCUGUGCGUCUGGGCUGCCUGGCUCUCAGGCUGCGGGGCGGUGUUGUCUCCAAACGGGACCAUAUUUGAGGACCACUGCAAGAAAACCUCGACCUGUGAGGCUCUGAAAUACAACACAUGUCUGGGGUCGCCUCUGCCGUACACACACACUUCUCUGGUCCUGGCCGAGGACUCCAGCACCCAAGAAGAGGCUUUUGAGAAGCUGGCCAUGUGGUCCGGUCUGCGUAACGCUCCUCGCUGCUGGACGGUCAUCCAGCCGCUGCUCUGUGCCGUCUACAUGCCCAAAUGUGAGAACGGUCGAGUGGAGCUGCCCAGUAAGAGCCUGUGUCUGGCCACACGCGGGCCCUGCAGCAUCGUGGACCAGGAGAGGGGCUGGCCCAGCUUCCUCACCUGUGACAAGUUCCCAGUGGGCUGCUCGAACGAGGUGCAGAAGCUGAAGUUCAACAUGUCGAGCCGCUGUGAAGCCCCCCUGGUGAAGACGGACAUUCAGUCCAGCUGGUACAAGGACGUGGAGGGCUGCGGGAUCCAGUGUGACAACCCCCUGUUCACCGAGGAGGAGCACAACGACAUGCACGCUUACAUCGCAUACUUCGGCACCAUCACCCUCCUCUGCACCUUCUUCACCCUGAGAUCCACAGACCGAGCUGAGACCCCAGACCGCUCACCCAGCUCUCAGCGGUGUGAAGCCAACGUGACAAUCGCCUCUCAGACCAACAAGCCCAUCCCAGAAUGCACCAUUAAGAACCGGCCCAGCCUGAUGGUGGAGAAAAUCAACCUGUUCGCCAUGUUUGGGACGGGAAUCGCUAUGAGUACCUGGGUCUGGACCAAGGCCACCAUCCUCAUCUGGAAACGGACCUGGUUCAAGAUCCUCGGCCGCAGUGACGAUGAACCCAAGAGGAUCAAAAAGAGCAAGAUGAUCGCCAAGGCCUUUGCUCUGAGGAAGGAGCUCCACAAGGACCCCGAGAAGGAGCUGUCCUUCAGCAUGCACACCGUGUCCCAUGAAGGACCCGUUGCUGGAAUCAAUUUUGAGCUAAAUGAGCCGUCGAACGACAUGUCAUCAGCUUGGGCGCAGCAUGUGACCAAGAUGGUGGCGAGACGUGGGGCCAUCCUGCCUCAGGACAUCUCUGUCACUCCUACUGGCACCCCGGUGCCGCCUCCGGACGAGAGGAACCGGCUGUGGAUGGUGGAGGCUGAGAUUUCACCUGAGAUGAUAAAAAGGAAAAAGAAGAAGAAGAAGAGGAGGAAGGAGGUGCGCCUGGCGGAGGAGGCGGUGGACCCCCAGGCCUAUCAGCAGCGUGAGUUUGGGCGCAGCUCCGUGCCUCGCCUGCCCAAACUGCCCUGCCACCCCAGCCUGGUGGCCAACCUGCGGGAGCACCAGAGGAUGGAGGAGGAGGUCCUGCCAGGGUCCUACCCAGACCCCCUGUCCUAUGAGGAGAGGUCCCCCUACCAGCCCUACCGGAGCAGUCGGAACAACUAUGGCCACAGCCUGCUCUCCAACCCUCUGACCUUCAACGACCGCCCGGAGGAUCUGGGUCUCGGCCCGCGCUGCCCCCCCUCAGUCUCCACCUGGCAGCCUAGUGGACCCUCCCGUUACCCCGGAGACAUGGAUCUCACAGACGGGCUGUCGGAGAGGUUGGCCCACGUGGCUCGGGUACCGGGGGGGCGAAGGGUCAGCUACGGACCCAUUCACUCCAGAACCAAUUUAAUGGAGGCGGAGCUUAUGGAUGCUGACUCUGACUUCUGAGAGCUUUGUGGUACACAGACAAGUAAUCUUCACAAAGUGCUGGAUACUUUAAACUCCUUACAGUGCACCUAAUCCCCAGAGGUGGAACUAAGCCGUCAGUUAUUUCUUACUUCAUCUUUCUUUUUAGAAGACAAAGGGAAAAGUGAAAAAAAUAUGUUGUGAAUAAGUUAAUGAAAAGAUUAUUUUUUAUACUUUAUGUUUGUCCAAUGAAAUUUCAAAAGCAACUCCGUGAUGACAAGGUGAGUGAGGCAGCUAAACUUUAUGUGGCUUGAAACAUUUCUUUAUUCUGAAACUGGUAGCAGACAGCGCUGUCUGUGACCACAUGAACCCGGGCAGGGGGCAACUCGCUGUUGGAUUUACCAGUGAGGACAUUUGGAGAUAAAGGCAUUGGAUAAAUAUUUUGAAAGUCUACCCUUUGAUGGUGUUAUAACCAUUUCUACUGCCAAAGGGAGGGCAGUAAAACCGCACUCAUACAGAAGACCAUACAGGUAAUAAAUGCUACAGGCUACUUGCAAAUACUGUUAACCAAGGUCUUCUUUUGUGCUAUAUUUGUAUUAUCUUAAAUCUUUUCUCUUUCCACCACUAUUUUGCCAUUAAAUGCUUGUGUUCAUGUGCAGUUAACUUGAGGUACUAACAGAUAUCUCCCUUUCCCUGUUAAUACUAAUAUCACUAAAAUGACAUACACACACUCACACAGAAGCCUGAAAUAAAUGAUUAAAUGUG